AUGGCCCAGGUGGUGGAUGGCACACCAUGUUCCCCAGAUUCUAGCUCACUCUGCGUCCAGGGAAAAUGUAUCAAAGCUGGCUGUGAUGGGAAACUUGGUUCCAAAAAGAAAUUCGACAAGUGUGGCGUGUGUGGAGGAGACAACAAAAGCUGCAAGAAAGUUUCAGGCUUGUUCACCAAACCCAUGCAUGGCUACAACUUUGUGGUGCUCCUCCCAGCUGGUGCCUCCAGCAUUGACAUCCGUCAGAGAGGCUACAAGGGUCUGAUUAGUGAUGACAAUUACCUGGCGUUGAAGAAUGCACACGGCAAAUACCUUCUGAAUGGACAUUUCAUUGUCUCCGCGGUGGAAAGGGACUUAAUAGUCAAGGGCAGCGUGAUUCGCUAUAGUGGAACAAGUACAGCAGUGGAAAGCCUCCAAGCCUUUAUGCCCAUCCAGGAACCCCUGACGGUGGAAGUGCUAUCAGUUGGGAAGAUGACGCCACCUCGAGUACGCUACUCCUUCUACCUGCCCAAAGAAAGCAAAGAGGACAAGUCUUCCUACCACCGUAAAGAUGGGAAGCGUCCUCCCGUCCUCAACAACAGUAUUCUCAGCCUGUCCAACCGCCUGGACCUGGGCCAGCUGGAUUACAAACGCCCCGCUUACAAGUGGGCUACCACCAACUGGGAAGACUGUUCGGUCACUUGCGGCAACGGUCUGCAGAAACGCAUGGUGCUGUGUCGCGACGCCCUGGGCCAGCUGGCCUCCUCUUGCGAUGCCACCCAGAGGCCUGUUGACAUCAGGAUAUGCGGAGAUCCUUGCCCAACGUGGGAGGCGUCUCCCUGGUCCUCGUGCUCCAAAACUUGUGGCAGGGGGUUUAAAAGGCGCAUACUGAGAUGCACAGGGCGAGGUGGUACCCUCCUGCCCCGUGAACGCUGCAACCUCAGGAAGAAACCGCAGGAGUUGGACUUUUGCACCCUGAGACCUUGCUGACCGGGCUGUCUCCACAAUUGACCAAAGUCAAAUGUGCUACUUUCUGACUCUCAGUGAUCAAGUGGCUGAAAGUGUAAAAAAAUGGCCUCUGGGAGGAGGGAGUGGGAUCCAGCUGAGUCGAAGGAAGUCCGUUACGUAGUGCAUUUUGACCAAGAACAUUCUAAGAGGGGAGACGAAGAGUACCAAUAAGAAGGGGGCUUGACAGAGGUUUUGACCAUCCAGUCACUUAGUGGUAAAGCAGAAGUAAACAACUACCUCGAAAUUGCCCAAACCUCCUAGAAGUUAUCAUCAUUCAGCCAUGUAUUCUGUGGCCCUGAAGGAGAAGGCAAGGCCAGAAACUGAAUAUCAGAACUAUCUUGAGAUGGACCAAAGAUAAAGAAGGUGAUCCCUUAGAGCCGUGGCUCUAAAUCCUUUCCAAAAUCAUAAAAAAAGAUCUAAAAUAUAAAAGGGACUCUUAGGACCACCCACCUCCUUCAACUCCUAGGGUUAUAGUGGACCAUAAGGAAGUACCAUUGAGCCUAGAAGGAAAGAAUUGUAAGACUUCUAUGAGUAUAACAUGGUACCCUUAAGAAAGAAAGUGAUAUCCUAGCUCGGAUGGAAUUGCAAGUCUCUAGACACACAUGGGGUUCAUUCUUCCGUACAGGACUAAUAACCAGUCACUGAUUGGUAGCUGCCAAUUAAUAUUUUAAGAGCAAUGUGCAUUUUAAUGGUGCUGGACCAAAUUGCCUCUGAAGGGUUGGCUUUGCCUGCUUCUUAUGGUUCGUGCCAAGAGAUCUACCAUGUUGGGUAAGGUGGAGUUGCAUCUUAUUUUCCUGUUCCUUAGUUUGAACAGGGAUGCCUCUUUCGACUUUUCUUCCUUGCUUUUGUUAUUUAAGCCCACGUAUUCUCCAGGGUCACUGUUUCAUGUUAGAAUUCUCCAAUCCAGAAUACACCUGCAAAAUACAUGCAAACACCUGAACAUUGGAGUUUGGAUUCAGGCCAGGCUAACUUUGUCCUUUUUAUGAAAAAAAAAAUGAAAAGGGGAUGAACUUAAUGCUCCCAGAAUGGUUCUGCUGGAGCACUUGAACAUGAUCAGAAAGCAAGAGAGAAAGUAUUGUUGUAACUAAUACUCAACUAAUCAAGGAGAGAACCAACCUAGAACUAAGGAGAAAUUUCCUGACAAUUAGAACAAUUA